UCGUUAAUUCUAACCACUUAUAUAUAGUUGCAUUACACAAACGCAAAAGUGACGUGCUUUUGUUACAAAAAUUGGCCGUGGCGAAAGUUUGUUGCUUUAUUAUGAUUGCCGCCGUUUUCAACCCAGCCCAAAAAAUAAAUGAAAUAAAUGAUAUUCAUAAAUUAAAUAAGAAAUAUGGUAAUACAGAUGAUCUUUAUACUCAAACUAAAUCAAAACAAUUGACGCGAGUUAAAAAAAUAAUUACAUAUAAUAAAUAUCAAGGAAAUAAUACUAUUGGCAAAGUCAUUGACAAACCAGUAAGAGAUAUUGGAAAACGAUCAGAUGGAUGUUUCUAUAACCCGGGUUUGAUAACACUAUAG